AUGUUACAAGCACAACAGCUGGUGAUUGCUCAACUGCAAAGCCAUCAAAGAACUCCAAGCACAGGAAACGGCUCCUCGAGCCGAACAGGUACUGGAAAGAUCGAGAAACAAUGGUCGAAGAUUAGGGUUGAGGACAACCAACUGGGAGCCCCCUCGGGCUUGGUAUAUCCAAGCAGACUCCUGACAAUGGAGCCAAAGACAAACAAGGAAAGGUACCAACCAUACACUGAAGAUAGGAGAAACACCCCAAGGCCUAACAUAACCCAAAAUGAUCGAAGAACAGACCAAGGUCAGAAUCCUCAAGGACUCGUGAGCAGAGUCAAAUUCAAUAGGCACACAGGACCAAUGGAGGUGCCCCGCCUAUCGGAAUACAACUUCAACGUUGAUGUUCCAAACAUCAUAUCCGCCAUCAGUAAAAUCAGAGACACCAGGUGGCCAAGACCUGUACUAUCAGAUCCAUCGCAGAGGAACCCCAACUUAGUGUGCGAAUUUCACGGCACACACGGUCAUAGGACCGAAGAUUAUAGAUAUCUCCGAGAAGAAGUAGCCCAGCUACUCAGCAAAGGGCACCUCCGAGAGUUACUUAGCUACCGAGCCAAAAAUUAG